AUGGUGAACGUCUCGAGGGGGAAUUGGCCGAUGGACCAGGGUCAGAGAAAGCUUGUCAAGUUUUUAGAAAGACAUCUAGGGUUGUUACCGGUAACACAAGAGGGGAAUGAUGUCAAUAAGCUAGCAAUUGUAUUUUAUUCUCUAGAAUCAUUAUCCGCUUUAGACGAGCUUGUCUGCAAAAAGUACCAUCCCUAUAAGAGCUGGUUGCUUAAACAUUACACAACGUGGGUCGAUGCCGAUGGAAGGGAGCUAGGUGGAUUUGUAGGUAGCUUGAACCUGGUUAUACCUGGUGUCAAUUCACUUAGCCUGGCGAACACGCUUUUUGCCUUGGUGUGCCUGUUAACGUUAUGUGAAAGUUACGAAGAGUUUGAAAAUACCGUAGCUCCUCUGCGAAAGCCGAUAAUCAAAUUUAUCAAGUGUUGCCAAUUGAAAUCUAAUGGUGCGUUUGUGUCUGUUCUGAAUUAUCAGAGCUCUGAGCCUUCCCCAGUUGACCAUCACGACUUACGCUUUUGUUACAUUGCAGUAUCCAUAUUAUAUCUGCUUGGUGAUCGUUCAAUAUCAGAUUUCCAGCGACACAUCAAUGUUGGAAAGCUUAUGGAAUAUAUAAUGGCACAGAGAUGCGAUGUUGGAGGGUUUGGAGAGUUUGGCGAACCGCACGCGGGCUAUACAUCUUGUGCCCUUUCUGCGCUCAAAUUACUGGGCCAGUUGGACCAACUGCCAAAUACGUACAAGGAGGAGACUAUUUUUUGGCUUCUCUCAAGGCAGACAUCAGGAGAAGGGUGCGAGUUUUUACAAGAGGGAAAGAAUGAGAACUAUGACGCACUGGAUCACGGUGGCUUUCAAGGCCGAGAAAAUAAGUUUGCCGAUACUUGCUACGUAUUCUGGUGCUUGAAUUCUCUGCAAUGUUUGACACCGGAGUGGACACAGUUCACUCGGACGGAUCUUGCCCGCUCGUUUCUACAGUCGAGGACCCAGAACAGUGUUGUUGGAGGUUUUAGCAAGAACGACGAGGAUGAUCCCGACCUGUAUCACACUUGCUUAGCUAUUGCUGGCUUAAGACUCACAGAGGGCAAGUUUAAUGGGGAGCUAUGUAUUCCAUUAGCCUUGUCAGAUAAGUUUCGACUCUAA